GCUGGCAGCAUUUUCAACCCUUCACAUUCCUCCUCCCACGUGCCCAUUGACGCCCUCCAUAACCCUGUCACACGCACUCGGCGAUAUCAUUGGACUCCAUAAGGUGUCACUGGCUUUCUAGCUGUCGAUCUAUCCCGUUGAACCUAGUCCCUGAAGGCGGGCCCGUGCCAUAGCACCCAGCACAGGCCCACGGAUUUUAAGUCGCAGGCGGAUUUGAAAGGACGUUAGAGGGCACGAAGAAUGGACUCUCUUCAUACCCUCAUUGCCAGAGACGAUGGCUGCUCAACAGGCAACGAGUACGACGGCCGGAUGGGCCUGCGCAUCUCCUCCAUCUUUGUGAUUUUUAUUGGCUCCUCGUUCGGUGCUAUCUUCCCCGUCUUUGCGCGGAACUUUGGAGACACCAAGCUGUCAAAAUGGGCCUUCUUCGCUGCCAAGUAUUUCGGUUCCGGCGUCAUUGUUGCCACGGCCUUUAUCCACCUGCUCGCACCUGCCGAAGAGGCUUUGACGAAUGAAUGCCUGACGGGGCCGAUCACAGAAUACGCUUGGACCGAAGCUAUUGUGCUAAUGACCAUUGUCGUGCUAUUCUUCGUGGAACUCAUGGUUAUGCGCUAUGCACGCUUCGGUCACGGCCACGCUCACGACUCGGACAGCGAAGACGAUGACAGCCACCACGUUCAUCACCACGCCGUGGCAGAGCAACCUGUCCCUGUUUCCGAAGACUUCAAGGGCCAUAUGCCGGGAGAAGACCAUCUCGGCCACUCGCGGGAGCAUCACGACGUCGAGAUUGGCAAGAACAACUCGCACCUUGAGGAGUACAUGGCUCAGUUGACAUCUAUCUUCAUCCUGGAGUUCGGUAUCAUCUUCCACUCGGUGUUCAUCGGGUUGACUCUUGCGGUCACUGGGGCCGAAUUCGUCACAUUAUAUGUUGUUCUCGUCUUCCAUCAGACUUUCGAAGGACUCGGUUUGGGAUCCCGCCUCGCUACGGUACCAUGGCCUCGAUCCAAGCGAUGGACUCCUUAUCUGCUGGGCCUCGGGUUUGGCGUGUCCACACCUAUCGCUAUCGCCAUUGGGCUGGGAGUACGCAACAGCUACGCCAAUGAAGGUGCCACCACUCUUAUUGUUAGCGGUGUCUUCGAUGCGAUCUCCGCCGGUAUCCUGAUCUAUACGGCGCUGGUGGAGCUCCUGGCGCACGAGUUCAUGUUCAGCACGUCGAUGCGCAAAGCCCCGAUCCACGUGGUACUCUCGGCCUUCGGGUUAUUAUGUCUGGGAGCGCUGCUGAUGGCGCUGCUGGGUAAAUGGGCAUGAUGCAU